GCUCAGAUUCUCGAGAGGAGUGGACAUGGGUUCAAUGAGCUCUUUGAGGUUCGCUCUCUUUGUCAUUGGCUUCUUUGGAGCCAACGCAGAGAGCAACUCCACAUCAAAUCGGGAACCAAAACUGUUGUCCUUAUUUAGUAUUGUCCAAUUCAAACAAGGACCAUGCGUUCAAGCCUCUGACACGUCCAAACGAGGCAUUUGUAUGACUACUCAACAAUGCACUGACCGUAGUGGAUCUGCCAGUGGAAAUUGUGCUGCAGGUUUUGGAGUAUGUUGUGGGUUUACUCUGAGUACAUGUGGAUCCACCGUAAACGAGAAUUGUACGUACAUCACGAACCCAAACUUUCCGUCGGCAACCGCCACAGGAUCUUGUGAAUAUAUAUUCUCCCGAGUUUGUGAAGAUUUGUGUCAGAUUCGCAUGGACUUCGACAAUUUCCAAACGAGUUCCCCUCCUGGUGCUGGGGCAGCCGACACACAAUUCGGUGACUGUUCAAUUUCGGGUGAUGUAUUCACAGCGACAAGUCCCACGGGAGUGAACCCUCCCGUAGUUUGUGGAACCUUGAGUGGUCAACACAUGUUUGUGGAGACAGGCACAACUGGUGAUGCGGCCAGGAUUAAUUUUGACAUAACAAGCGCAGCAGCUACUUACGAAAUCAAGGUCACAUAUUAUCAGUGCUCUUCAUUGAAUAAGGCACCUGCGAAUUGUGUUCAAUAUUUCACGGGGGUUAGUGGAUCCUUCCAAAGCUACAAUUUUCAAGGCAUGGUUAUCAACGACGACCAGAACUAUCUCACCUGUAUUCGACAAGAACGAGGAUACUGCUCCAUUCAAUACUCAGCUAAUACCUUUAAUCUCUUAGGGGACACUGCUGCUACACCUGAAGCUAAUGCUGAGACCAUAGCAUGCCCAGACACGGUAGUGUUCAUCCCCAAUCUCGUGAAUUCCAUGCAUUGUGGGUCCAAAUUCAGCACAAUCGAUGCCGAUACCAUAUCAGGAGUAGUGACGAGCCAAACCACGCCCUUUCAAGUCUUGACCAUUUUCAAAGAUGCCUUUGGAACGUUGACAGACACAAUGGCCACUGUGGGAUAUGAUCUACAAUUCACUCAACAGCCGUGUUAGACAGCGAGACUACUAUCAGCUAAUAUCUGUAAUGAAUUACAGACGAAGUGUCACGUUAUAUUUGGAAUAAAUUCUUUUCUUCUUUUGA